AUGGCUCCCGGACUCCACUUCUCCUUCUGGUUACUGGUCUGCUGGUUGGUGGUAACUAUGGCACAAGGACGAGAUGUGGUCAUCCCUCCUGGCAGAUCACAAAAUAACGGGAACCCUACAGACUGCCAGAUCUUCACACUCACCCCUCCACCCGCCACCAGGAAUCCGGUAACAAGGGCUCAGCCCAGCACAAGGACACCUGUAGUUACUUGGUUUUAUUUUCCCCAAAGAAGACCCGGCUUCUACCCGCGCUUUCCUAAUGGACCUUUCCUCCUUCCAAACUACAACCGCCGCAACCAGUUCCCAACUUUCUACUUGCCACGAAAUAGAUGGAUUCUUGGGAGGUUCUUCCUUGGAAGUCAGCUCCAGAGUGGAAGCUCAUCGGAGGAAAGCAGAGAGGAAUGA